AUGUCAACAUUUUUUGUGCUUGCAAUUGUAGGUGUCAUUGUUGUCAUUGCAUUACUUCUGGUCAAAUUCCAUUUAUUCACUACCCCUGUUGUGAAAGAAGAAUAUAUUUCAAAGUUCAAAGUAGUUUAUACAACAUUUGUUGGUCCAUAUUCUCAAGCGUACAAGAUGUAUGCUGUUGUUGAAUCAGCACUUUCUAAAGCAAAUGAUGGCAAGGAUUUCUCUAAAGUUCCAUGUUUCGGAAUUUAUUAUGAUAAACCAAAAUCUGUUCCAGAUGAGAAAUUAAGAUCAGUUGUUGGUAAGAUUGUUGAAGAUAAUGUUGAGAUCCCGAACUCAGACGAUGGAAGCAUCAAAUCAGAAGAAAUAGAGUUAGGAGAUGUUGUUGUUUCUCAUUUCCCAUUCCAAUCCUUCGUUGAUAUAUUUGUUGGAAUUUCUAAAUGCUACCCUGCUCUGAACAAAUAUACUGAAGAACACAAAGAAAUUCAACUUGCAGGUCCAAUGGUCGAAUUAUAUGGCUAUGUUCCAGAGAAUAUAUCUUAUAUUGCACCUAAAGGAAAGAGAACAGGAAUUCUCCAAGAUUUCCCAGUAAAGAAUUAA